GAAAAGCCGCAAAUUUUACAUGCCUCGAAUUUUUGUUUCGAGGUUUGUUUGAAAAAAAAAAAAGAAAAAAAUCUGCUCUCCUCUCUGGUUUUCCAUUAGCCUCGGCGAUCAGUCGAAAGAGGCGCCUUCGCCCAGCCCCCCGAGUUGUAAGGUUACGAUCGUUGACACGGACGCAGAAUCUUUAUCGGGAUGAACGUUCGCGGCCCUUAUUAACGAUGUCGUCGAGUAAAGGAAAUCGCCUCGGAGUACUUUUGUGCGCGUUCGUCCCAUUGCGUUUACCCGUGAUUCAAGGCCUAUGGACCUGCGUGGAAAGCCGGACGCGUGCAUAUGAUUCAUAAAAUACGUCGUGUUAGGUUUGACCGUCUCAGGGUCACGACACAGCAUCACGUGAAGUUGGAGAUGUUGGAAGUUGGUUUGAGGGUAGUCCGUGGACAGGAUUGGAAGUGGGAUGAUCAAGAUGGUGGAGAGGGUCAUGCAGGGACAGUCGUUGAAAUUGGUAGACCUCCCUCAUUUGGCAAUUCGGCUUCCAGCCCAAAUCCGUCUGACAGGACACCGGAUAAAACUGCCAUAGUCCAGUGGGACCAUGGGUCUAGAAGUAACUAUAGGAUUGGAUAUCAAGGUGCUUACGACCUGCUAAUAUUUGAUAACGCAGCUACUGGCGUCAAACAUGCAAAUAUCAUAUGCGAUGGAUGCAAAAGACACGGAAUAAUUGGCAUUAGAUGGAAGUGUAUGCAAUGUUGCGACUAUGACUUAUGUACUCAGUGCUAUAUGGCCGAUGUGCAUGAUCUGAAUCAUUGUUUCGAGAGAUUUCAAACAGCCAACUCUGUAGGGAUUCAACUGACUCCGAGAGAAGGUUGCACUAAGAUCCCUCUAAAAGGGAUAUUUAUAGGGGCCAAAGUUAUUCGCGGUCCUGAUUGGGAAUGGGGGAAUCAAGAUGGAGGAAGAGGAAAAACUGGCAGAGUUAUGGAUAUUCGUGGGUGGGAUAAUGAAAGUAGUCGGUCGGUGGCAACUGUAUCAUGGUCUAAGGGCAGUACAAACGUCUAUCGUCUCGGGUACAAAGGUUGCGUGGAUUUGUGUUACGUAGAGGAAGCUACGGCUGGCACAUACUAUAAGGAGCACCUUCCGCUUCUUGGACAACCGAUAAUGACUGUACCGGAUAACGGAGCCAAUGUAACUCCAACCAGAAGUGGUGUUCCUUUCGCUGUAUCUAGUCCUCGUCACACAACAUUGAACGUUGGCGAUAAGAUAAAGGUGUUGGUCGAUGUAGAGACAUUAAAAGAAAUGCAAGAAGGUCACGGUGGUUGGAAUCCACGUAUGGCCGACUAUAUAGGGAAAAUCGGCAGAGUUCAUCGUAUCACGGAUAAGGGAGAUAUCCGUGUGCAGUUUGAGGGAUGCAACAACAGAUGGACAUUUCAUCCGGGUGCGUUAACAAAAGUCAUUAGCAAAGACACUUUCUCCUUGGGGGACAUAGUUAGAGUGAAGACUGACUUAUCAACGGUCAAAAUCUAUCAGCGGGGUCACGGAGAGUGGAUAGAUGUAAUGAAAGACGCCUUAGGAAAAACCGGCAAAGUAAUUAAAAUAUACUCUGAUGGAGAUCUGAGAGUAGCACUAGAUGGUCAUACUUGGACGUUCAAUCCUUUGAGCGUCACGCCUGUUCCUCCUGGAACUGAAACUGCUGCUCUGCAGGAUGAAGCAAACAGAAGUCGUGAUUGGACAACCGAAGGUGUCGACACAGAGGUUGAAAAGCUGUUGAGAGACGCAGCCAGAGGUGAGGCUGGAGUCUUGGCAGUUCAAGAAUUUUUGAAAAAAUAUCCUGGCAGAGUAGAUGCAAGAGCUGGCGGUCCAGGGGGCGGUAAAAAGACUUGCCUGCAAGUAGCGGCGCAUCAGGGACAAAAGGAUCUUUGUACUCUUCUUCUGGAUGCUGGAGCAUCUUUACGAGCCAUAGAUGAGGAUGGAGACACGCCUCUUCACUACGCUGCUUUCGGCAAUCAACCAGAAAUAAUGGAGUUGCUUUUGUCACGUGGCGCGGCAAUCAAUGCCGUGAACAACGGCAAAUGCAGCGCGUUGCACGUUGCUGUGAACAAACAACACGCUCAGUGUGUCAGAGUGUUGUUACGUCACCAUUGCGACGUCAAUCUCCAAGACUCGUACGGAGACACAGCAUUGCACGAUGCCAUCGGGAAAGACGCUCUGGACAUAAUUGACGCCCUCUGCGCCUGUGAUAAAGUGGACUUCACUCUGAGGAACAAGCGAGGCUUCAAUGUGCUACAUCACGCUGCCUUGAAGGGCAAUGCUCACGCAACGGAAAGAUUAGUGGCACGAGCGAGGCAUCUGAUAGAUGUUAAAAAAGAAGACGGUUUCGCAGCACUGCACCUUGCAGCAUUGAACGGUCACAAAGACGUAGCCGCGAUUCUUCUCUCGCCAACCGGUGGAAAUGCAAAGGUUGAUCUGCGGAACAACCGUCGACAGACUCCCUUGCAUCUAGCCACUUCUCAAGGACACUGGGCUUUGGUGGAGUUUCUUGUGCAUCACAACGCUGAUAUUGCUAGCACGGACGCGGACGGUGACACGGUGCUGCAUAUCGCUAUAGUAAAGAGUCCUAAUCAGAGCAACGUGGUUCCUACGCCUGAAAGUUGUCAGGAUUCUCCCCUUAUUUAUGCGAUAUGGCAAAAUUUAACCAGGCAAGGCGCGAAAACAGAACUCGCGUUAGCUUGUUUCCUAGUGAGCGUCGACAGGAGUUGUACACUUCUGGAACACGCGAAAAACUCAAAGAAUAAAACGCCGUUGGAUCUUCUCGAAGCUGAUCCUCAGCUCACUCCGUAUGCUGAUUUGCUACGGUGUUAUCAGUACCAAAGUCAAAGUCAAUUAGAGAUAGAAAAUACUACUCCUGCUUCUCAACCUUCUAUAUAUCACAUAGACACAGCACUGCAAUCAGAACUGAUGCACGGAACAAGAAAAUGUAUUCCGGGCUCCGGUGACGCGUCUGAAUGUCACGGUUGUUUGGGUAUAGUGACAAGUACAAUUAAAGAUGGAAAUAGAUUUAAUCCGGGCAGCAGUGUUGUCAUCAACUGUACACACUGUGGUCGUGGAAUUGCCAAAACGAAAACUAACCAAGAUGGCCAAGUGGCAACGGGUGAAAUUCCUCUCACAAAACAGGAAGAAAAGGUGAAAGAUAAUGCACUGGAUGACAAGAAAAAGGAGGAAGAUCAUGAGAGUAAAGAGAGAGAGAAAGAUAAGGAUUUAGAACGCUUACGUUAUUUGGAAACAAGAGUAGCUGACUUGGAGGAAGCAAAUAUGUGCAGCAUCUGCAUGGAACGUCGCCGAAAUGUCGCUUUCUUAUGCGGCCAUGGAGCUUGCGAGCACUGUGCAGCUCCCUUGAAAACCUGUCAUAUGUGUCGCAAAGUUAUCACAAAGAAGAUUAACUUGUAUUAGACAAUCAAGUUGAGAAUGCUAUAUGCCCUCUAUGUAGAUGCUGUUUUAAUUUCCUAAUAUUCGUACGCCAACCACGCAAUAUCGGUUGGCAUGUAAAAUGAAAUGCUGAAUCGCAACUGCCAAAAUAUACAAUGUACUUUUUUUAAAACAAAAAAUGUUCAAUGAAUGUCUUCACAGCCGCACCAACGUCGUGCCAUAAAUGAAAAUAAAAUUCAGAAGAGUUACGCGGGCGAACUUUUUUUUCUCGACAAAUUCAGUCGUUCGAGCGGAACAAUCGCGUGCUUCUCUUUCUCGAAACUGUAAACGAUACUUUGCCCGUUACCAUCCCGUCCAUUUUUUAUCAUUAAAAACAAGCAUCUUGUAAGUGUUGUGUUGAAGCUAUUGACUCGAAACGUUAUCGAGCACUUCAAAAUGUUCAUGAAAAUAAAGCAAAAAGAUUCAUUUUUAAUGAACAUUCUGAAGUUCUCUUUUUUUUGUUAAUAAUACAUGUCUGACUGAAUAACGACACCACAACAUUAAGUAUAAUAAGGAUUCAUACAAACGAACUUGCAAGUUUUCAUACAUAUCGUAAAUAACUUUCUAUAAUAUAUAUUGUAUAUUAUUGUCAUUUGUAGAGAGUACCAUUUCUAUUAUUUUGUAUGUAAUGUUGAUGUGACAUUAGUAGCAUUAUAAAGAUUUAGUAUGUACGUACACAUAUAUACAUACAUGUAUAUAUCAAAUAAGGAUAUCAAAGGAUAUCGCUUCUAGCCAAAAUUAAUAUAAAAAAUUAUACUUAUUGAAUAAUUUAUAAAGUCUUUUUGUGAUUAUAUAAAUAAUAAAAUGAGAAUGAUAAAGAUUAAUCGUUAAGAAUAGCUUACUAUUGCAAAACAUGUGCCACCAAUAAACUAAAUCAAACAAAUUGUUUUGUAGUAGAGAUGUCUGUAUAUUGAGAAUAUUUAUAUAUAUAUAUGGGUAAGAUUUUUCUCGAAAAAAAAAAAACGUGCAAUACUCUUCGACAAGUUGGCAUGUCAUUAUUUCCGAUUAAAGUAUAGUGGUCCAAGCGUAGACCCUUUUUUAGAUACGUAACAAUAAAAAUAUAUGCUAUCGUACCGAUUAUACAUUUUACAGAUUCUUU